UCAAAAACCUCACCGGUUCAGUCGCGCCUCCAUCAAAGAGACUCUUAGCCUUCGCUACUUAUCUCCUUCUACGUCGCCCACUCGACACGAGCGCGCCUUUCCAUCAACGCCCGCUUACCCAAGUAUUACCAUCCCUCAACCACUCAUCAUGUCUUCAAACAAGAUGGAGCAGAGCCUCGACGACAUCCUCCAGGCUUCCAAGACCUCCCGCCGUGGUCGUGGCGCUCGCCGCUCUGGCGCUGGACGACCGGUUACCGCUGCCGCUCCUGUAGGCGGUGUCGCCAAGUCGACCAAGCAAGGCAACAAGCCAUCAAAGCCUGCGCCCACUGCUCCCGCCGCUUCUUUCGGUGGCGAGACAAAGAUCAUGGUAUCCAACUUGCCACGGGACAUUGACAACGUCCAACUCCAGGAAUACUUCGUGAAUGCUGUUGGUGUAGGUCGCCCGAAGAAGGUUCUUCUCCAGUACGAUGCCCAGGGCCGUAGCGUUGGCAGCGCUACCGUCAUCUUCAACAAGCAUGACCAAGCCGCCAAGGCCACCUCCCACCUCGAUGGCGUCAAGAUUGACGGCCGCCCUGUUCGCGUCGAGAUGCUCGUCAGCGCCGCCGCCAUUCCCGCCGCCACUCGCCCAUCUUCGCUCGCCGAUCGCGUAACUCAGCCGAAGAAGGAUAAGCCCAAGCCUGCUACCGCUGAGAAGGCUGCCCCCGGUGCCGCACGCGGACGUGGCCAGACCCGAGGCAAAGGAAAAGGUCGUGGUGGUCGCGAGGCCCGUCCCAAGAAGAAGACCGUCGAGGAGCUCGAUGCCGAAAUGGCUGACUACUUCCCUGGUGGCGAGACCAAUGCCGCUGCCGGUGGCGCUGAAGUUGCACAAAUCACCGCCGGCGGUGACACUGCUAUGGACGACGAGAUGCUCUGAGCUCCUUUCGCUUCGAGACGCUUUCCACUCACUUUACUUGUCACGGUUUAAUCCAGCAUCCAACGGAAUCGGUUCGACCCUUUUGCUAGUCGGUCUGCUUCAAUCUUUCUUUUCUUGGAGGCGUCAUCUUUUCGGAAAAUGCGUUGUCACGAACUUCUGCUGCUGCCAACGGAACGUCAGCACCGCACACAAUUCGGCUCUUGUACACUAUUCAUGGACGUUUAUUCACGGCU